GUGUCUGAAACAUGAAUCAGCUUAAUAUUAAUGAGUGUAUUCCCUGUGGGUCUGCAGGCUAAGGACAGCGAUGAUGAUGAGGAAGUGGUGCAGGUCGACAGGGACCAUUUCAUGGAUGAGUUCUUCGAACAGGUGGAGGAGAUCAGAGGCUGUAUAGAAAAGCUGUCAGAGGAUGUGGAGCAGGUGAAGAAGCAGCACAGCGCCAUCUUGGCCGCCCCCAACCCUGACGAGAAGACCAAGCAGGAGCUGGAGGACCUCACAGCUGACAUCAAGAAGACAGCCAAUAAAGUUCGCUCAAAAUUAAAAGGUAUGAAACAUCCGGAAACAUUUCUUUUUUUGGAAUACAGUUAUACCGACUUUGUGUGCAGCUGAUGAGUAUAAACUGUCCGGAUAUAUUGCAUAUUUCAAUCAGAUCUGGGUGUUCUUCAGUGUUAACAGCACAAGUCACA